AGCAAACAACUCUGUGUGGCGAUCACUGAGGAUUUUCACAGCAUGGCAAACCAAAAAAAGAACAGGGCUCUUCUCAUUGUCAAUUAUGACUUCUACAGAAGCCAAGAGAAGCUCACGCCUAGACCCGGUGCCAAGAAAGAAGCAAAAAGGCUCUUCAAAGCAUUAUCGGAGUGCAAUUACACUGUGCAAUUGCACUAUGACUUGACAGCUGAGGAAAUACAAGAACUUUAUGAGAAAGAAUGUGAUGCAGAUCAUGGGGACUAUUUUGUAAGCAUCUUAUCAAGCCAUGGAGAGGAAGGUGUCAUAUUUGACUGUGAAGGAAGACCAGUUCAGCUAACACAGAUUUUCCACGCGCUGUCCCCACCAAGGAGCCAUAAACUAUCUGGAAAACCCAAAAUUUUCUUCAUACAGGCCUGCCGUGGAGAGAAAAUUGAUCCAGGCGUAUGGCUGCAAACGGAUAGCGGUGAACCACAGACAGCUUGUUUCUCACACUAUCUUUCCAUCCCAGAAGAUACUGCAGUAAUGUUUGCUUGUAGUCCAGGCUAUGCAGCUUUCAUCAAUCAAUGGGAAUCCAUGUUCCUCAAGGCUUUACUGGAGUUACUAGAAGGAGAGCACCGUCAACUCGAACUUUCCCGUUUAAUGACCAGGAUUAACAGGAGGGUUGCGCUACAUUUGGAGGCCAAGGGGAAACACAGUGGUGGCAAAGAGAUGCCCUGCUUUGUCACUAAUAUGGUGAAAGAGGUUUAUCCUUUCUCUUCGCAAAGAAGCCUAAGCCCUAGGCAAUAGCUGAGCCCACUGAUCUUGCAGGAAAGAGACACUAAUUCUGUCUCCUAGGAUUUUACUCAAGGAGAAUGACAGAAACAAAGCAAAUGGAGUAGCAGAAAUCAGACAAGUGAAGCAUCUCCCAUCCCUUCCUCCGCACACCAGACAAAUAAUUUUUAGCUGCUAUGCAGCUGAUAAAAGAAGCAGGAACCCUGGCAGGGAAACGUGAGCAGCCCAAAUUAGGAUGGGGCAAAUCCAGCCUUUACAUAACCUUUCUUCCUAGUGCCUCGCGCAACUUUUCUUCCUCUCCAUAUUUCAGUCCCUUUCCAAGAAUUCCAAAUACUAAAAAGACACCAAUCAGAUCAACAGAAGAGAUGAAACUAAAUUUAAUAACUUUAAAGAAAAUGAUAACGGGCCCCAUUUUUCAGGCUGAGGCUCAAGGCAAGUUCACAUGGAAGGGGUGUAGGUUGCUGGUCAAUGCAAUCUGGGAUUUGCUCCAUAUCCUCAGUUGUGUGGGCUGGCUGUUAAUGGCAGGGAAUAAAGCAGAAGUCAGGUAACCGCAAUCAAUCAACCGUGAAGGCUGUCAAAUGUAGCUGUAUAUUUUUGUUUCAUUGUGCUGUUUUAAAAUUUGUUAUAACCUGGACAAUCCCUAGGGGGAAAAAAACCAGAAAUGAAAACAAAAGGAAGUGCUGGCGCUUUUGUGUGUAAAUAUGUGUGUACAAACGUGUUUAAAAGACAUCCUAGGAUCACGUAGUUAAAAUGCUGCAUCAUAUGCUAUUUCUGAGAAAUGACAGAAACAUUUAAAGGAUGUUACUUAGUCACCCUUCUUACCCUUACCUGUCACCCUCUCAUCCUGUUCAAAGCAAUCUCUUCAGAAUAGGGGCUUGUCUUUUGGUAUGUAAAACACCCAGUGUAUUGAUGGCAUUCUAUAAACAGGAAAGAAUGAGGACAGCCCUCAUAAGGGAUGGGCAUUUCUGAUGGUGUCACAUCUAGUGGUUUCUCUUCCAGCAGAACAAAGUUCAGCCAGUCCAGGUCAUGUGGAAGGCUGCAAUUUUGAGCUCCACAAAGAAAAAGGGGAACAGUGUACGUGUAAUAAAAAAAUUAGUUUCCAUUUCAAGGUUAAACACUGUUAUGCCACAGGGAUGAGUGGCAGUAGAAGCUGCUGCUGUACUUUAAAACUGCACCGAUGAAGAUUGUUAAGGGAUUUACAGAAAGUUGCUUCAUUAUGAGUUGUCACUGAUUUACACAUUCAUAUGAGGAAACAAGAGUCGUACCGAAACAAAAGCAUUAUUUUCAGAUAAGGUUCCUGUUUUUGCAAAAGACCUUAGAAAAGGCAUUCCCUCUUCACUCAUGCAAAGGAGAUAGUGCUUAGCCUCAGUGAGACCGAUAGCACAUUGGAAAAAGAAAAGAUUUUCGGGCUAUAAGCUUUUGAGAGCCAGAGCCUAUUACCUGAUGAAGGGAGCUUUGAUUCUUGAAAGCCCAAACGCCAAAAAUAGUAUUGGUCUCUAAGUUCUACUGAACUGGAAUCUAGUUUUUCUACUGCAGCCCAACAUGGCUACUCUCCUGAAACAGCCUUCGUAGGAUUUCUUUUUUA